GCAGUCGUCAAACUUAUAUAUGCGAAAGUUAUAAACAAAAAAUUACUCUAGUGUUCUUUCCAGGGAAUGUCCAUGACUUUCUUUAUUCAACAAUGCGCAACUGCAAGCAAAAAACCAAAAUGGUAGACACCGGUAGCUAACAACGCGGCAAGCCAGUUUUGUUUACCAUAGGUAUAAACAACCACUUUCUAAAGACCUUUUAUUUGCUAAAAAAAAAUUAUAUUCAUACUUAGCCUAACUCCCGUAUCAAAGGUAGCUUUAUAAAAGAUCUAUACCAGCUGCUUCCAUUAGUCUAAUGAAUGAACGUACGAUUUUUGCAUUGAUAAAUAUGAUAUAAAUAAGAAGUCUUAUCUACAUUCGAUCAAUAUAUCUUAUCUGAUUAAGCUAGAUUUCCACUUAAGAGCAAAGCCCAUCGGAACGGAAUAGAACGGAACAAGAAACAUCCUUUAAUUUGAUUGUCAAUACCUGUUGUCAUAUUGACAGGAUAUUAACAGGUCUUUAUGUUUCUCUUAUUGCUGAUAAUGCAAUAGGAACUGGGAAAGAAGUUAUUCAAGCUAAGUUUUGGUAAAAGAUAGCAGUCGUUUGAGCAGGAAGUAAAAAAAAAGACAUUGAAUCUAAGUAGGACACAGAAUAACUAAUUUAAACCAAGUGGUUGAUUAAACAAAAGUAUAUACUAAAAUAAACCAAUCAAACCCAUUAAUAUAUAGAUAAGUAGGAAGUAAUUUGAAGACAACAAAAAUGUGGUAACACUAAUUAUUUAUAGCUUAACAUUGACGCAUAUAAGAAUUUGCUUAUACAGUUUAUCACAUUAGAGAAAGUGCUGUUUAUCGUGGAACAUGCCACAUAUAUUUAGUAGGCGAAUUUCAUGUCCUAACACUGCUCAUAAAUUGCUAGAAUACAUUGUUAAUUUUUCCUAUUUUAAAGUUGUAACCAGUGUGACGUCACUAUCCAUUGGCAUCGUUCUUUAUUUUGUACUGGACAAUGUUUUUGGCCACUUGCCUUUUUUUGUUGGUGUUUGUAUAUUGGUAACAGCAGUGUUGGGACAAUGUCUAACAAAAUGUCGUAGAAUGCUGAAUAAUGGUUCAAGGUUAUAUCUAUUGAGAUUAUUAAAACUUUAUAUCGUAUUAAACAUAAUAACCGCAUUGGAGUCAUGUAUUGUUGCUUGUGUUGCUGCUCCAGGUGUAAGUUAUUACCAACGUGGAACCUGGUUAAAGGACCGAAAUGAAGGGAUCGUAUUUUAUUCAGCUUUGGUAAUUUGUGGAAUAGUUGAGAUGGUACUGUCAAUGCUUGCAUUAUCAUACAGUGUCACUUUAGGAAAGCUCUUACGUAAAGAAACAGCAACAAAUGAUCAUUUACAACAACAGGUAAAUAUUGAUUUUCCAUCAUUGCCACCCUAUACCGAGACAGAAAUUGUGGCGUAACGCAUACAGGGACAAAUGACCAACCAAAAUACCAAAACACCAACACACCAAUAAAUCUAACUCUCCUGGAUGACCCUCCACCUUCGUAUUCAGAAAUAUGUGACAAUUAAACGCAAAGACUACUUGUGAUAAAGUCGAGCAGCAUUUACUCCUACGAUGGAAAAACGCAUAAUGGUAGCACUGCUGGAAAACUUCCUUUAAAUAAAGAAAAAAGAUAUGUCACAUUCAACUGGUUUGUCGAAGAAAACUCUUGUUUUGUAACGAAGAAAACUUGAAUGUUUAAAUGUCCUGAUAGUUGGGAAUAAUAAAAACAACUUAUUAAUUUGUGAACUUGCAGUUUUUUGUCUGCUACGUUACAAUUUAUUUAGUAUACACGAAAAUAAGAAAACGCUAGAAACAUUUAAGACCGUGUGAAUUAUAUCGAUAGAAACUAUUUUACAUAAGCCAUUUUUAAUUGCGUAAUUUUAAUAACGCUGCACUUUGUGAUGCAAAAAUAAAAAUCACGUUACAAUAAUUAAAUUCACUUCAUCAUCGUUGUUGACAUCAAUCAAUGAGUCAUAAAAUCACAAGUUGUAAACAUAUAACUUCAGCCGUCAUGGAAAUAGCUAAUAUUGUAAGUGAGCAUAAAAAAAAAUAAUAUUGUUUUGGCUUCUUGCAAGUAAAAAGAAAUUUUUUGAAUAAAAAGUAUCGGCAUUCUCGUACCAGGGGUUUAUUUAGUAACGAAUGAUUUACACAGAGCAGAAAUAGAAAUCACGUUACGUUAAUUAAGUUCAUUUUAUCAUUGUUGAUGACAAUUAAUGAGUUAUAAUUGUAUCAUGAAAAUAUGUUAGCAAUAAAUGUCUGUGAUAUGGUCAUGUCACAUGUAAAAUAAACAAACAAACAAACAAAUACAGCUUGUACGAAAUAAAACUAUAUAGGAGGUUUAGUAAAACAUACAAUUUAGUAGAUGCGAAUUAUACUAGAGAUUAAUACACAUUUUCUGAUCAAAGGCACCCGCAUAAUGCUUAC